CCUCUGUCCCUGCACGCAGUCAAAGUGCAACCUCUGAGUAGUUUCGUGCAAUAAUAUGCUCUGUUGUUCCACCCUGGCUCCUGAAACAGCCGACAUUUUCAAAGUGUCUCCGGGUGGAGGGGCACACUGCCUCAUCACCACACAGCUGCAAGCAGGCAGUAGCUUAAGCGAAGGGUACAGUGUUGCAGUGCAAUAAUCUGGCUCACUCGCAGCUAGCUUAUCGGUACAGCUGUUGACUGGCAGCAAGUCCACUGAAACUGCACCGACUCUCCUCCGUCCAUCCCGCCGGAGCACCGGCCGAGAGGGGCAAAUGAACGAGCUGGUGAAGAGUUUACCCUCCCCGACUCUGCCCGGGCUGCACCUCCCGUCCCUGGAUACCCACAAAGGCUGGCUCUUUAAAUGGACCAACUACCUGAAGGGCUACCAGAGGCGGUGGUUCGUGCUCAGUAACGGCCUGCUGUCCUACUACAGGACUCAGGCAGAGAUGGCACACACUUGUCGGGGAACAAUUCCCCUGGCGACGGCGCACAUCGAGGUGGGCGACACCUGCCACUUGGUGUUAACCAGCGGAGGCCGGAGUUACCACCUGAAGGCCACCUCCGAGGGAGAGUGCCAGAAAUGGGUGUCAGCACUGCAACAGGCCAAAGCCAACGCCACUCUCCUCAUGCAUCACUCAGAUGACUCGGGGGAUGAAGUCCCAGUACCUCAGGAGGAUCGUACUCUAACCCAAGGGGUGCUUAAGACUCUGGCCAGCAAGCUAGAUGACCUGAGCACCUGUAAUGAGCUGAUAGGAAAACAUGGUGCUGCCCUCCAGCGCUCCCUCAGUGAACUCGAGGACCUGCGUGGAUCCACUGACAGCACAGACAAAGUGAAAGCCGUUAAUGAGCGAGCCACCCUCUUUCGCAUCACCUCCAAUGCUAUGAUCAAUGCUUGUCGUGACUUUGUGGACGUGGCAGAAUCUCACAGUCGGAGGUGGCAAAAGGCCCUGCAGCAUGAGAGAGAACAGCGUCACCAUCUGGAGGAGACCAUCGAACAGUUAGCCAAACAGCACAACAGCUUAGAGAGAGCCUGGAGGGAGAAUCCCACCUCAUAUACAGGCGUGGAGCGAUCCCAGGAGGGAGAUGCGAGCGACGAGAAUGACGAGGCAGAGUUCUUCGAUGCCAUGGAGGACUCACCUGCGUUCAUAACUGUGACUGCUACUGGUAACAUAGAGCACAAGCGCUCAGGAAGUAAUCAGAGUAUGAUGAGUGGAGGCGUGCCCAAUGACUGGACUCACAAUGAGAAUGACACCUCAGGCGCAAACCACAUGCAGCUACGAAGAACAAGGCGCAGCCGUAUUCCUGACAAACCAAAUUACUCCCUUAACCUGUGGAGCAUCAUGAAAAAUUGCAUUGGGAAAGAUCUAUCUAAGAUACCCAUGCCUGUAAACUUCAACGAGCCGCUGUCGAUGCUCCAGCGUCUGACUGAGGAUCUGGAGUACAGUGAGCUUCUGGACCGGGCCGCUCGCUGCGACUCGUCCCUGGAGCAGAUGUGCCUGGUGGCUGCCUUUUCUGUCUCUUCCUACUCCACCACAGUCCAUCGCACAGCCAAGCCUUUCAACCCUCUGCUGGGGGAGACUUAUGAGCUGGAUCGACUGGAUGAGUAUGGUUAUCGCUCCAUCUGUGAGCAGGUUAGUCAUCACCCACCAGCUGCUGCCCACCAUGUGACAUCACAGCGAGGAUGGACCCUGUGGCAGCAUAUCACUAUUGACAGCAAAUUUCGUGGGAAAUAUAUUUCAGUGGUGCCGUUAGGAAACAUUCACCUGCAGUUCCACUCGAGUGGAAACCACUAUGUGUGGAGCAAAGUGACUUCCACAGUGCACAAUAUUAUUGUAGGGAAGCUCUGGAUUGAUCAGUCUGGGGACAUCGACAUUGUAAACACCACAACCAAGGACACCUGUCGUCUUAAAUUCUCCCCCUACAGUUACUUUUCCAGGGAAGUCCCACGCAAAGUGACAGGAGUGGUAGAGGACCGAGAGGGCACAGCUCAUUACAUCCUGUCCGGAACCUGGGAUGACAAAAUGGAAAGUGCCAAGAUAGUGGAUAGCAGCCAAGGAUGCGGAGGCUCCGAAGGGAAACAAAAGACGGUUUAUCAGACUCUUCCGCCCAAACUGCUGUGGAAGAAAUAUCCCCUUCCAGAAAAUGCAGAGAACAUGCACUUUUUCUCCUCUCUGGCGCUGACCUUAAACGAGUCAGAAGAGGGCGUCGCACCCACUGACAGUCGCUUGCGGCCAGACCAGCGGCUGAUGGAGGCAGGUCUGUGGGAUGAAGCCAACAGUCAGAAGCAACGUCUAGAGGAACGACAGAGACUGGAGAGGAAAAGAAGGGAGGCGCAAGCUAACCAGGCCCUGGAGGAGGGGCAAGAUAUUGAGGGUUACCAGCCACUGUGGUUUGAGAAGAGGACAGACGAGACAGGCGAUAACAUUUAUAUCUACAAAGGCGGCUACUGGGAGGCCAAAGACAGACAAGACUGGAGCCAGUGUCCUCAGAUCUUUUAGGACAACAUGCCUCUUGCACCACAGCAUCAGCCAGGCUGAGGGUUUCCACGUGGUUUAAGGAUACUCUGAAGGAUGGAGAGUUGUGUGUAUGAGUUUGGAUGUACAUGUGUGAGUGAGUGAGACAGCUAAUCUCUCCAGGGAUUUUCAAGCACAAAAACAUCUGGUUCCUAAUUUACUUGCUCCUGCUCUGUUAUAUCUGCAUUUCCAAAAAUGCAUGGCCUCAGUAUAAGAGAGUUAAGAGCUGCGAAUAAUAUAUACACUAAAGGGAGUUCUGCGAAACACACGUCAUCAGGUGUGUGUGGGGGGGAUAAUUCUAGGCUGAAGACCGAUGUCUUAUUUUCUUCAAAACUCGCACAACUUGCUGAGAUCUCCCAGUGAUGCUGGGUUUUAAAAGAAAUUUAGCAGGACAAAGCCUUCUUCUGUUCUAGAAGACUUCAAGACCAAUCCCUAUGAUUUCUUGGUGUUCUUUAUUAAUCUGUUUCUCAAAACUGCACAAACUGCAGUUUGAAAGGAUUAACAGUUAUUGUCUGACUGGCCUCUAAAGAACAGUCACUCCACCAAAUCUUUUUACAGAUAAUUGCUUUGUCUCCCAUAAUCUUGAAAUUACAGUAUGUCCACCUCCAUCACUGUUACAUUUAAGUCAGUAGCAGAGAGCACCACACACCCACUGAAAGCACUUGAAUAAUGUCUUCACUGACCCUGGAGGAGCCUGAGUGUGAGAAAAUGACUAAAACAACAUAUUUGUGUAAUCUCAGCUUGGACUCUAUAUAAAACUCUAUAUUCAAAAAAAAGUGUGCUUAAGCUGAAGAUGCUGAAAGGUUUUUGCCUCAUAUCAGACAAAACUGCCAGCUCAUUAGAUUGCAUGAUAUUAUUUUCAUUGCCACCAGGGGCUUCCCUAAUCAAUUGCUAACACUUGUAAACAGCUUGAAAGGAGUGUUAGUCCCACUCACGGCGAUAAUCGCUCGUUCUUCCACAGCAGUCAUCUGGACAGGUUUAACUUUUUCUUCCAGAGAAACUGCUGUUUCACAUCAAAAUGCCUAAUGAAUCAACUGCAAUGGACUGAUUUUAAGGUCUGGAUCCAGCAGCAAACAUUUACCAGGUAGGGGAAAAUCGAGUUGCAGUGUAGGAUCCAGGAUUUUUGGAGCUCCACCAUUACCAAGGACUAAAAUUUAGGAUGUUGCUGCUACGGCUGCAUCUGUUUAACUUUUUAUUUUUUUAAAUUAA